GUGGCAGACAUGUGUCCGCGAGCCAUCUACACUUCGGGCAAGGCAUCAUCGGCGGCUGGGUUGACAGCGGCUGUGGUGAAGGACGAGGAAUCUUUUGACUUUGUGAUAGAAGCCGGUGCACUGAUGUUGGCAGACAACGGCGUGUGUUAUGAUGAAUUCGACAAGAUGGAACAGCGAGACCAGGUGGCCAUUCACGAGGCUAUGGAGCAGCAGACCAUCUCCAUUGCCAAGGCAGGAGUUCGUGCGACGCUGAAUGCGCGGACCUCGAUUCUGGCGGCCGCCAAUCCAGUGGGUGGACGCUACGACCGUGCCAAGUCGCUACAGCAGAACAUCGCACUGUCAGCUCCCAUCAUGUCUCGAUUCGAUCUAUUCUUUGUCAUCGUCGACGAUUGUAACGAGACAGUAGACUUUGCGAUAGCCGAGAAAAUCAUCUCGCUCCACAGUAACAACGAACGUCAUGCUGAUAUUGCCUACACACAGGACGAAGUUCUGCGCUACAUCACAUUCGCCAGGCAUUUCAAGCCUUGUAUGGGAAAGGUAGCAGGAGAACUGCUGGUGAAAAUGUACACCAAACUUAGGAUGCGUGACGCGAAUUUCAGUUCGAAGGCCAUGUACCGCAUCACAGUCAGGCAGCUGGAGAGUUUGAUUCGUCUGUCGGAAGCUUUUGCCAAGCUCGAAUGUCUUGAUGAGGUCCAGCCCCACCACGUGAAAGAAGCCUACAACCUUCUGAACCGGUCCAUAGUUCGCGUAGAGCAACCAGACAUCGUUCUGGAGGCGGAGACUGAAGACGACCCGUCAUUGGCUGCCGCAGGUGACCACGCCUCCGUUGCCAUGGAAACCGACCAGGAUGGCGGCGGAGAGGGGGCAGACGACGACCAAUCAGAGGACGCCGCGUCGUCGCAAGCCAAGAAAAAGAAGAUGGCGCUCACGUUUGAAGACUACAAGGCGAUGACUGAUAUGCUGGUCGUCUAUAUGCGAAAGAAGGAGCUGGAGGCAGCUACUGAAGGAGAGGAAACGGAAGGUGUGCGACGUAGCGAGGUGGUAGCCUGGUAUCUGGAGCAGAUUCAGGAUCAAAUCGAUUCUGAAGAAGAACUGCUACAGAAGAAAAUCUGGUUGAAUGCGUUUCAAUAG